AUCCUUUUCCAACCAGGAUAUGCCUAGAUUGGCAAUUUUUAUCAUGUUAAGUAAGACUUCACAAGCCAUCAUUAUCUCACUUACUUGUGUAAUUUCUUAGUGAUACAUCACUUAAGGCAACCCAACAAGCGCAAGGCACUCUCAUUACUGGCGGACCUUUAAUAUGUGAGGAUUCUUGUUGCUGUUGUCAUCUCUUGCUUUGCUGCGAUCUCCAACAAGUUGUCAGAUUAUCUGGCCUCUUUGAGCAAACAACACUCAGAUACUUGACUCCCCAGAGACACCAUCAGAGCAGUGCGACCUGUUCGUCAGAAAUCCAGGAUACUUGCUGACCUGAAACGAAGACUCAAGUGCUUCUGCUACCUCAGGUCCUUGGUAAAUAGGAAUCAGCAGGAGAUUCCGCAUCAGGGGCUGGUAUACAUUCACAGAAGCAAGGGGGUGCAUAGACAAGAAACAUCAUCCACAAACCAGCAAAGAGCCUCAUUUGAGAACUACACAGAUUUUCAAGAGGGUUAAAGGCAGUGGAGCAGAUAGCUGCAAGCUUGGGAUACAGUCUUAUCUAUUGUGCUGCUAAUACCCAGCCUCUCGCCACACAGGGCUUGUUGCUCCAGGUACCUAGCCAGUCAACUACCUUCCUUGCAGUGGCCUGGAGAAGGCACAAGCGCCUUCCAUACCAAAGGCUCUGGCUCAUUCCAAAAACCAUCAAGGCAUAGGUACCUAAGUCGUACCUGAAUGGGGUGUAGUGGCCCAGAUGGCAGGUACCAAGGAGAUUCCUUCCCCCCAGGCCAAUAUGGAGGCGCCCUCCCUUUCAGACUCGCCCUCGGGACCUGGGCCUACAUCUCAAGGGAAAGAUAAAGGCAAGCGGCUUUCCUCGACAAGCAAGUUCAUACAAAACAUAUUCUGCCGGCUCAUCCCCUCUUAUUCUCCUAACCCCAAACCCUCUUCACCCUCUACCACGACGCCAUCACCAACGGAUACCACAACGGCAACAUCGCAACAUUCGACUCAACCAGUUCAGCAACCGCGAUUGCCACUUAUAUCGGAAAAUUCAGAGAUGGCAGCAGUUUCCGUUCGAUCCAGCGAGCCCGCUAUUCCCUUGGUCCCUAUUGACUAUGUUCCUUCUCCAGCGGCUUCGGAAAACAACAACAACAACGCCGCCACCGACGACGACGACGACGACGACGACGACGACAGCAACAAGGAGAACCAGCACAAAGCUUCCACCUCUGCGGUAGUUGCCCCGGCUGCAGCUCUGGGCCGGAUGAGCGUCGAGUCCACAUCUCGAUCACGACCAUCGGCCUCUAUUCCACAAACAACUCUGACGCCGCUGAGCGACAGACCUUUGCACCAAGCCUUCAUGGACCAAGCCUUAGACAUGGCUCGCCUCGCUCUGAAAACCAACGAAACGCCAGUAGGCUGUGUUCUUGUCAAUGACGGAUCUGUCAUCGCGAGAGGCAUGAAUGCCACCAACGUAACUCGGAAUGGUACCCGACAUGCCGAGUUCAUGGCAUUGUCCGCCUUGCUGUCUUACCGACCCAACAAUAGUGAAGAGGUCGUCGAUGCUCAGCUUCGCCAGCAAGCCAGCGAACGGUCUAAGCUUGAUAUGCCAGACGAUGAGGCGGACUUCUUCCCCAUGGACGACGAGUACGUUAAAAAGGGUCAUCUGUACCCCUACGGACAAAAACUCCACCGUGCCCCACGAGUUGAACGCUCCAUUUUGAGAGAAUGUAUUCUUUACGUUACGGUCGAACCUUGCGUCAUGUGCGCUGGUCUUCUUCGACAACUCGGCAUCAAGAAGGUCUACUUUGGCGCCGUCAACGACAAAUUUGGCGGCACCGGUGGUGUUUUUAGCAUCCAUAAGAAUUCAACGGACACUCGCCAAGACCCAAAUCCCGUCACUGUUCUCAGGCCCCUUCAGACUUCCACCAACGCCUGCAACCUGCCUCGGCCGGCCAGCUCGGCAUCCGGUAAGAGCGUGUUGGGCAAUGGUCGACCAACGAGCCAGGGAGGUGAUGGCGGUAAUGUCGAGCCGGGCUUCGAGGCAGAAGGUGGCUGGGGUCGGGAUGAAGCCGUCAAUCUUCUCCGACGGUUCUAUGUGCAGGAGAAUGGCCGAGCACCGGUGCCGCGGAAGAAGGAGGGUCGCGCUGCUAGACUUGCCGCCAUGGAGCAGGCUGGAAGUGACGCUGGGACGCCGGUGGCCCCCCAGUCUUCAGACGGCGACGGCGAUGAGGGCAGCGCUUGAGAGCAACAUGUUGCUUAUGCUGAACUGGGACCUGUCUCGCAGUAACACACGGUCCGGCAAAUUCAUCGUUGGUAGGCAUAUUUACUUUGAUAAUUAGACUGCUCAUAGUGUACAUUCAACGCCCAGUAAACAAUAGGCCUC